AUGGCGUCCUGCCUCGGUGGCCAUUUCGGUUUGAGUCAAGAUUAUAUACCGGUUGCCGAUUUUUAUGCUGAUAAAUCGAUUUUUGUGACCGGUGGUACCGGUUUUAUGGGAAAGGUUUUGGUUGAAAAGCUAUUGCGGAGUUGUCCAAAAAUCAAGAAAAUCUAUCUUCUUAUGAGGCCGAAGCGAGGUCAAGAUGUAGCAUCUCGUCUGACAGAACUAACACAGUCGCCGUUGUUUGAAUCGUUAAGAAAAGAAAGACCUCAAGAAUUAAAUAAGAUAGUACCUAUAGUAGGGGACAUAACGGAGCCUGAAUUGGGGAUCAGUCCCGCUGACCAGGAGAUGCUGUGCCAAAAGGUGUCCGUGGUAUUUCAUUCAGCUGCUACAGUCAAAUUCGAUGAGAAGUUGAAGCUAUCUGUAACUAUCAAUAUGUUGGGGACGCAACAAUUGGUGCAACUUUGUCAUCGUAUGAUGGGAUUGGAGGCCUUAGUACACGUUUCGACGGCUUACUGUAACUGCGAACGUGAACGUGUAGAAGAAACUGUUUACUCACCUCCAGCACAUCCUGAACAUGUGGUAACUUUGGUUCAGACACUCAACGAUGAUCUGGUUGAUAGGAUCACGCCUGACUUAGUCGGUGACAGACCCAAUACAUACACAUUCACUAAGGCUCUUGCCGAGGACAUGUUGAUAAAGGAGUGUGGGAACCUGCCCGUUGCCAUCGUUAGACCAUCUAUAGUAUUAUCUUCCGUCCGUGAACCAGUUAAGGGUUGGGUAGAUAAUUGGAAUGGACCCAAUGGAAUUAUAGCGGCGGUUGGCAAGGGAGUGUUCCGUACAAUGCUUGGAAACGGCACGAGGGUAGCGGAUUUGGUGCCGGUUGAUACAGUCAUCAAUUUAAUGAUUGUAUGCGCUUGGAGGACCCAUCUCAGAAGAGGUGAUGGCGUUAUUGUGUACAACUGUUGCACGGGUCAACAAAAUCCUAUAACUUGGCAACGAUUUGUUAAGACGAGUUUUAAAUAUAUGAGAAAACAUCCAUUUAGUGAAGUAGUAUGGUAUCCUGGUGGUGAUAUAACAAGCAGUCGUUUGAAGCACGGAGUCCUCUCGCUGUUACAACACAGACUACCCGCAGUCAUUAUAGACCUGGUGGCUAGAAUAACUGGCAGCAAGCCUCUAAUGGUAAGAGUUCAAAAUAAAUUGGAAAAAGCAUCGGCAUGCCUCGAGUACUUUACAACAAGACAAUGGGCAUUCGCUGACAAUAAUGUUCAAGAAUUAUGUAGAAGUUUGUCUCCCGAGGACAGAGAUACAUUUGACUUUGAUGUGACCAAUAUUAAUUGGGACGGCUAUAUUGAGUCUUACGUGUUGGGAAUAAGGAGGUUUCUGUUCAAGGAGAGUCCCAAUACAUUGCCUAAAUCCAGGACGAUAAUGCGAAGGUUACAUAUAGUCCACAUUAUAAGUCAAGUGCUAGCCGUAUUCUUUCUAUGGCGAUUCCUGUUCCUUCGUUCAACUACCUUGAGGCAGUUUUGGCGCUACAUCAUAGAUAUAUUGACUCGGGCUGCAAGGAUGCUGGCCAUCGCCUGA